AUGGAGCAUCGUCUGCUCAAGGAUUUUGACCUUCAACCCAAAAAUCCUUCCGCCGAAGCUCUUCGGAGAUGGAGAUUCGUCGUCACUCUCGUUAAGAACCGCCGUAGGCGGUUCCGCAUGGUUGCCGAUCUUGAAAAACGAUUCGAAGCUAACAGAUUAAGCACGGAAUCAAGGAACUUGAGUAAUAAUGAUGGAGUUGAAGCCGUUGCAAGGAAACUGUCGGUCUCUACUGAUGAAGGUGUCAGUGAAGCAACUAAAGCUAUAGCUAAGGAAUGUGGUAUACUUACCGAUGAUGGUGUAGCCAUAGAGGGACCGAGCUUUCGUGACUUGUCCACUGAGCAAAUGAAGGAUAUCAGGUUGAAAAGACCCCCAGUUGGAAGGGGAGAAAGCUUUAUCACCAAAACUAUGUGGAGGAAUAUCAUUGGACAGUUAAUUGUUCUCGCCAUUCUAAAUUUUGAUGGCAAGAGGCUACUCAAAAUUGAUGGUUCAGAUGCAACUCAAGUUCUCAACACUUUGAUAUUCAACUCUUUCCUAUUUUGUCAGCUACUAAUGUUGUUUAAUGAGAUAAACACCAGAGAAAUGGAAAAGAUAAACAUCGCAUUUCAAGCGGUGAUUGUUGAAUUUCUUGGAGCAUUUGCCAGCACUGUGCCUCUAAGCUGGCAAUUCUUAUGA